AUGACAGAAUAUUGGGUAUCGAAAAAGCAGUAUUACUGUAAAUACUGCAGUAUAUAUAUCCGAGAUGAUGCGCCUUCUCGAAAACAACAUGAGACCGGAUUAAAACACAUCGGAAAUGUCGAGCGAUAUAUCAGGGACCUGUAUAAGACAGGGUCGAUGGCGAAGAAGGAAAAAGCUGAGGAGGCAGCUGAGAUGGCUAGGAUAGAAGCAGCAGCAGCAGCAGCUUACGCCAACGAUAAAGCAUCCGGCUCUGCCUCACCUAGCACAUCCAAACCAUCUAUACUCUCAUCACUCCCUUCUUCUUCCUCAGCAGCGGCGGGCAGCUCGAAACCCAAAGCUGUCAAACCUACUGAUAAAUACUCUAAUUAUUCUACUGCCGAACAGCUGGGCUAUAAAGAGGAGAAAACAGAUUACGAGAUACAGCAGGAAAUCAAAAAUCAGAUAGGUCAACCAUCAGCUUGGGAAACUGUCACCCUACCUGAUCAACAGGCAGCGAAGGAGCAGGAGCAGGGGGAGAAGAAGAAAUGGCCAGGGGAACAUGAAGAGGAUGAGAAUGAAAAUUGGAAAUUUGAAUAUAACAAAACUGCCAAUAAACAUAAAAGAGAUCCAUAUGAAGAUGAUUGGGACCCAUCGUCGAUCAAGUCACUUAAAGUGAAAAAGAAAGAAGAAAAAAUAAUUUCUGAUCCAAAGAAAGAAAAGGAAGAGAUGGACAAGUUGGGAUUGAAUAGAGAUAAUUGGACGGGUAGAUUGGAAUUAAACCCUGUCUCUUCUUCGACGGAUAAUGCCGGCAAAGAUAAAGAAGGAUUGGAGUAUGUUCAAGGGAAUGGAUGGAUUAAGAAGGAUGAGGAUGAAUUACAGGAUAACACGGUUGUAAGCGGGAAGGACAAGGAGAGUAAUCAAGAUGGAACGGAUAUCAAGCCAGUUGUGGAAGGUGUAAAUCAGGAAGAUCAGUCAGUGCGUACCGAGUCAGGUGCUACACAGGUGGUGGAGAGCAAACCAGCUGUGGGAGAGUCUGUAGGCGGUGGUAGUGUAUUCAAGAAACGUCGACCACCUCCAUCGUCUAGGAAGAAGUAG